AUGUUGUUACCCACUGCAAGACGGCGCAUUGGCGUCCCACAACUGCCUGGCGCUCGUCGCCGAGCCCUUCCUCCUCGUCGCAGCUUGAUCCCUGCCCCGCGCUCCAAUUCGGGCCCUCUCAUGGAGCGUCGAGCAGAUCGAGAAUUGCCGUCUGUCAACAGCGAGAGCCGCUGGCUCCGCACACUGCCACUCUUCGCGGUUGUUGUGGGCGCGGCUAUGCUGGGUAUAUUCAACUAUCAGAAGUCAUCUUCAAGCGUGGUCAGCAGCACACUGUAUGCCCUGAGGACCUCGCCGAGAGCCCGUGAGAUUUUAGGGGAUGAAAUCUACUUCGCCCAACAAAUCCCAUGGAUUAGUGGUGAAAUGAAUCAGCUACAUGGCCGCAUUGACAUCUCAUUUUGGGUCAAGGGAACCAAAGGGCAAGGCAAGAUGAGGUUUCGGAGUAUUAGACCCAACCGCAUGAGCUAUUUUUGCACGGAAGAAUGGAGCCUGGAAACAGAACACGGAACAGUGGUGCAACUCCUCGACAGUGAUAGCGACCCGUUUCGGCAAAGCAACUAG